ACAGCCAAACAAACUUUCGCCACAUAAAUUUAAAUGAAAAUCACAGUGUACACGUGGCAUAAAUAGACAAAAUAUUAAUCUCUAAAUAUCAGUUCUAACCAACAUUUUCUCAAAUUACUGUACCUUUAUUUAUAAUAAGGUACAUCUUACCCGAGAAUAGUUAGCAUUAGCAGCAGGCAUGGCUAUCGAGGCAUGGUUUAUGGAUGAAAAUUCAGAAGAUCAGAGGUUACCUCACCAAAAGAAUCCAUCAGAGUUUUUGUCUAUGGAGAAAUUGGCAGAACUUGGAGUUUUGUACUGGAAAUUGAACCCUAAUGAUUAUGAGAAUGAUGAAGAAUUGAAGAAAAUUCGUGAAAGUAGAGGCUACAGCUACAUGGAUUUGCUGGAUUUGUGCCCUGAGAAGGUCGACAACUACGAGCAGAAGUUGAAAAAUUUCUACACGGAGCACAUUCAUGCAGAUGAGGAGAUACGUUACUGUCUGGAAGGGAGCGGAUAUUUUGAUGUGAGAGACAAGGAUGACCGCUGGAUUCGCAUCUGGAUGAAGGCUGGUGAUAUGAUCGUACUUCCUGCUGGGAUUUACCACCGGUUCACCCUCGAUACUGGUAACUAUGUCAAGUUGAUGAGAUUGUUUGUUGGAGAGCCGGUGUGGACACCUUACAAUCGACCACAAGAAGAUCAUCCAGCAAGGAAGGAGUACAUCAAGAGUGUUACUGAAAGAGUAGGCAGAGUGCCUCUUGCAGCACACUGAGACUUGUAUUUCUUGUUAACAUGGAGCUCUACAAGCCUGUAUAAGGCAAAUAUCAUACAAAAAUUUUAGAACUUGGGAAUAGAGGUUGGUGCCUAUUGUUGUAUAUUUAUUUAUAUGAAAUAUAUGUUCUGUAUUAUCUAGAGACAAUGUAAUAAUGGAUGUUCUUAUCUAAUUGGUGUUUGAUUUA